AUGAGAAACGUUAGUAACACUGUCGAGACGGUGAACGCCGCCGCUUCCGCCAUCGUCUCCGCCGAGUCUCGAGUUCAACCUUCAUCAGUACAGAAGAAAAAAUGGGGAAGCUUCUGGCGCUUGUACUGGUGUUUCGGAUCCCAAAAGAACAACAAACGAAUCGGACACGCGGUUCUCAUACCCGAACCGGUUACAUCCGGUUCAGCUCCGGUUGCUCCUCCUACCCAAACCUCAUCUACCAACUCAACUUCUAUAUUCAUUCCUUUUAUAGCUCCACCUUCAUCACCCGCAUCGUUUCUCCAAUCAGGUCCUUCCUCUGUCUCCCACACCCCUCACGCUAACGAACCGUCUUCAGCUUUUACUAUUGGGCCUUACGCACACGAAACUCAGCCCGUUACUCCACCUAUUGACUCCGCCGUCACAACUGCUCCUUACACGCCGCCUCCAGAGUCUGGUCAAGUGUCUUGCGCAACAACACCUUCUUCCCCUGAAGUUCCUUUCGCUCAGUUACUUACUUCUUCGCUGGAACGAGCUAGGAGGAAUAGUGGUGGAGUGUGUCAGAAGUUUUCGGCUGGGCAUUACGAGUUUCGUUCGCAUCAAGUGUAUCCAGGGAGUCCUGGUGGUGGUAAUCUAAUCUCACCUGGAUCUGGUGCUUCUACUCCUUAUUCUGGUAAAUGCUCUAUAGUUCAGUUUCGUGUCGGUGAGCCUCCCAAGUUUUUGGGGUUUGAGCAUUUUACAGUGCGUAAAUGGGGGUCUAGGUUUGGUUCUGGGACGAUUACACCUGCUGGUCAAGGUUCGAGGUUGGGUUCAGGUGCUUUGACUCCUGAUGGUUGUGGAAGUGGAGGACUUGGGUCAAAGCUUGGUUCUGGUGCUGUGACACCAAAUGGGGGUUUAGGCAGUCUUUUGGAUAGUCAGAUCUCUGAGGUUGCGUCUUUGGGUAAUUCUGAUGAUGACGUGUCGUCAAGGCAUGAUGAAGGUGUUACCGUUGCUCAUAGAGUUUCGUUUGAGUUGACUGGUGAAGAUGUUGCGCGUUGUUUUGCAAGUAAGUUAUAUGAGAAAGUGAAUGAGGAUACAAACAGAUGGAGUGAGUCGGUUUCUGGUAACGAGCUGAGUGAGAAGUUGAAAACGUUUUCGUUAGGGUCGAGUAAAGAGUUCAAGUUUGAUAACACGAAAGAAGAGAUGGUAGAGAAGACAGCAGAGUGGUGGGCUAAUGAGAAGGUUGCAGGAAAAGGUGAUAACAGUCCUGGAAAGAGUUGGAGUUUCUUUCCUGUGUUACGGUCUGGAGGAUUCAGUUGA